GAGGACAAGAAGUUCUUGCACAACCUCCAGAGGGUUUUCCACAGGCUCCAGACAGUUUUCCUCCCCUCAGGAGUGAGGCAGCAGUGCGUGUCCUGCGCGGGCGGAUGAAGGGGAUCCAAGGUCACUGCAAUUCCUGCUAUAUGGAUGCAGCUCUCUUCAGCCUCUUCUCCUGCACAUCUGUGCUGGAUUCCAUGCUCUUCAAGCCCUUCCCACUGUGUGACAGGAAUGUCCAAGGAAUUCUGAGGGAUGAGAUUGUCAAUCCCCUCAGAAGGAGUGGCUUUGUCCGGGCCAGCAGUGUGAUGCACCUCCGGGAGCAGCUGACAGACAAGGGACAAUGUUCAAGCUUCACCAACGCUGAGAAAGAUCCUGAGGAGUUCCUCACUCUGAUUAUGCAGCAGAUCCUGGGAAUAGAGCCACUCUUGAGACUCCAGUCUGGAGGGCAGAAGGAGCAGGAUUGUUACUGCUACCAGAUAUUCAUGGAUCAGCAGGAGGAUCUGGUGGUUCCUGACGUGCAGCAAUUGGUGGAACGUUCCUUCCUCUCCUCAGAUCUGAAGCUGGUGGAAAUCCCAUCCUGCUUCAUUAUCCAAAUGCCACGUUUUGGGAAGGAAUAUAAAAUGUUCAGCAAGAUCAUUCCUUCCUUGGAGUUGGAUAUCACAGAUCUCCUGCUGGACAGUCCCAGGGAAUGUUGCCUGUGUGGAGAUGUUGCCACCUUGGAGUGUUCUGAGUGCUUCAAGGACAAGGUGUUUGCAGCCACAGGUCUGAAGCAGUUCUGCAGCUCCUGCUCCACACAGGUGCAUUCCCAUUACCAACGCCAGAAUCACAAGCCAAGGAAGCUACACAUUCCCGAGGAAUUCCAGAGCCUCCGGAGCGCCCAGGGCGGCCGACUGGUCCCUCGGGAGAAGUUGGAGCUCUUUGCAGUGCUCUGCAUUGAGACCAGUCACUAUGUGGCCUUCGUGAAAUAUGGUCCUGAAAAGGAGAACUGGAUGUUCUUCGACAGCAUGGCCGACCGGCACGGUGCUGAAAAUGGUUUCAACAUUCCCAUGGUGACUCUGUGCCCUGAAGUUGCCAAAUAUUUGGAAAUGCCUCUGGCUGUGCUGGCCCUGGAGCAGCCUCGGGACAUGGAGGGGGUGGCCAAACGUCUCUUCUGUGAUGCCUACAUGUACCUCUACCAGAGCAGGAAAAUGGCUCUCUACAAGUGA